CUGGGCAAUUUAGAGCCGCGCGCCGGGCGGAAAUGUAAGAUGGCGGAGUAGCAACGCGAAGCGGUUAGCACUGAGUCUCUUGGCCGACUUCGGGUCCCGUCUCGGCAGCCGCCGUGAUCGCUGAGCGGAGAGUACCUAGGGUAGUGAGCCAAGAUGCCGAAUAUUAAAAUCUUCAGCGGCAGCUCCCACCAGGACUUAUCCCAGAAAAUUGCUGACCGCCUGGGCCUGGAGCUAGGCAAGGUGGUGACUAAGAAAUUCAGCAAUCAAGAGACCUGUGUGGAGAUUGGAGAAAGCGUACGUGGAGAGGAUGUCUACAUUGUUCAGAGUGGUUGUGGCGAAAUCAAUGACAAUCUAAUGGAGCUUUUGAUCAUGAUUAAUGCCUGCAAGAUUGCCUCAGCCAGCCGGGUUACUGCAGUCAUCCCAUGCUUCCCUUAUGCCCGACAGGAUAAGAAGGAUAAGAGCCGGGCUCCAAUCUCAGCCAAGCUGGUGGCAAAUAUGCUCUCUGUAGCAGGCGCGGAUCAUAUUAUCACCAUGGACCUGCAUGCUUCUCAGAUUCAGGGCUUUUUUGAUAUCCCAGUGGACAAUUUGUAUGCAGAGCCAGCUGUCCUGAAGUGGAUAAGAGAGAACAUCUCUGAGUGGAGGAACUGUACUAUUGUCUCACCCGAUGCUGGUGGAGCGAAGAGAGUGACCUCCAUUGCAGACCGGUUGAAUGUGGACUUCGCUCUGAUUCACAAGGAACGGAAGAAGGCCAACGAAGUAGACCGCAUGGUGUUGGUGGGAGACGUGAAGGACCGGGUGGCCAUCCUGGUGGAUGACAUGGCUGACACCUGUGGCACAAUCUGCCACGCGGCCGACAAACUUCUGUCAGCUGGAGCCACCAGAGUCUACGCAAUCUUGACUCAUGGGAUCUUUUCUGGCCCGGCCAUUUCUCGCAUUAACAAUGCGUGCUUCGAAGCAGUGGUAGUUACCAAUACCAUACCUCAGGAGGAUAAGAUGAAGCAUUGCUCCAAAAUACAGGUGAUCGACAUCUCCAUGAUCCUGGCAGAAGCCAUCAGGAGAACUCACAAUGGGGAAUCCGUCUCCUACCUGUUCAGCCACGUCCCUCUAUAAUAGAGUAACUGCUGAGGCUUUUUACAAAUAAAGUGAACCCCACCCCCUUGUUUUCCCUUGGUGUUUGAUGACAAAUUCCGCAGAAGGCCCAGCUUGCUCCGGUGAAGCUUUCUACACCCCUCAUCCUCAUCGGGUAGCAUUUCUCCUAAAUGUAGAGAAAGACGGAUUGAGAUGAGCUGCCGGGAUCCACCCACCCCCCACCGCGUUGUCUCACUCCGGCUUGAUGCUGCGAGCCCUGCAGCUUUAACUACUGCUGAGCCAUGGGCUGCAAGAUUUCAGGCUUUGGAGGGUGUAGGGGUGUUUGAAUGUGCCCCGGGGAGAGCACAGACUACUUUGCAUGUGAAUACUUCAGGGUUUCCUUGGUUCAGAACUACUGGCAACAAAGCCACCCCAGUUCCCCUUCCACCCCCAACCUGUGACAGGCUCUCAAAAGUCUCUUCAAAAUGACAGCAAGAUCCCUAGGCAGCCCCAGCCCAGCUCAGGCCGCUGAGUCCUGUAUAAGCUGGAGCCAUCGGAGGGGCACUCAGUGGGAGCAGCUCUCUGGAGGGGGCGGGGGUGCCUGGGGGGGAGGCAGCACAUGGGGCAGUGAAUGCUUUUUGGGAGGAAAAAGCCUGAUCCUUCACCCCCUGCUUGGGGGUUGUGUCUCUUGGAUUCUCCUUUGUCCCCAUUCCUUUCCAUUUGGCUUGACCUUCAGCCAUCUUGCCCUUCCCCUGACCAGAUGUCCUCCGGGGUGCAAAUGUUCCUCGUACCACAGUCUUCUGGAAAGCAAAGUCGCUUCCUGCUACGUAAUCUCUAACACUGACACGGGAUUAUUUUUGCCAUAGUGUAAUCUUCCUUAGCCCGCUACCACCAUGGUAGUAGGUUUUAGGUGGGGUUGUAGUGCCUUUUGAUUAAUUUAAAUAUUUCAUCUUACUUCCAUCUCUUUGGCCUCUCCAGUGACCUGCAAUUUCUGUUAAAAAGACUGAUAUUACUGUCUCUCGUAGAGGAAACUAUAAUAAAGUGUCUGUGUGUGACUGUGG